AUGUUGUUACAAAAAUCCGUCGCCCUCUCUAUCUUGGUCACCUUGGGUGUCCAGGGACUCCUCAUCCCCUCGCUUGAUGUCAUCGAGGUGUUCAAGAACACCAAAGACAUCGCCCCUGUUGCCGAAGGCCCAGCGGCUGUUGCCACUGAAGCCAUUGCUGGCUCCGACUCAAUCUCGCCGCUCUUCAAGUUAGACCGUGACAUCAUCCCCCACAAAUACAUCGUGGUGUUGAAGGAGAACAUCGACGCUGACGCUGUGGCCUUCCACCAGGAGUGGGUGGCCGAGGAGCACGCCAACUCAGUGGCCAGCAUCGACUCGUCCCACUCGUUCUUUGCCGCCACCCGCGACUUCAAGGCCGAAGGCGGCAUUGUUGACACCUUCAAGAUCGAGAACUUGUUCAGCGGCUACUCCGGGUUCUUCUUGGAGUCCACCAUCGACUUGAUCAGAAAACACCCUUACGUCAAGUACGUUGAGCAGGACUCGCUUGUCCACGCUACCGAGUUCGACAUCCAAAAGGGUGCUCCCUGGGGCUUGGCCAGAGUCUCCCACAGACAGCCAUUGAGCUUGAACUCGUUCAACCAGUACUUGCACGACACCGAGGGGGGCAAGGGUGUCACUGCCUACGUCAUUGACACCGGUAUCAAUGUCGACCACGUGGAAUUCGCUGGCAGGGCCAAGUGGGGCUCCACUAUCCCCACUGGUGAUGCCGACAUCGACGGAAACGGUCACGGUACCCACUGUGCCGGUACCAUUGCCUCCGACUCCUACGGAGUGGCCAAGAAGGCCGAGGUGGUUGCUGUCAAGGUGUUGAGAUCUAACGGUUCCGGCUCCAUGUCUGACGUGGUCAAGGGUGUCGAAUUCGCCGCCAAGUCCCACUUAGAAGCCGCCAAGAACGGCAAGAAGGGUUUCAAGGGUUCUACCGCCAACAUGUCCUUGGGUGGUGGUAAGUCUCCCGCUUUGGACCAAGUAGUUGACGCUGCUGUCAAUGCUGGUAUUCACUUUGCAGUUGCUGCCGGUAACGAAAAUCAAGAUGCCUGCAACACCUCUCCAGCCUCAUCGGAGAAGGCCAUUACCGUGGGUGCUUCCACCAUUUCCGACGCUAGAGCGUACUUCUCCAACUAUGGUAAGUGUGUGGACAUCUUCGGUCCUGGUUUGAAUAUCUUGUCCACCUACAUUGGAUCCGAGACUGCCACUGCCACUUUGUCCGGUACCUCCAUGGCCUCGCCACACAUUGCCGGAUUGUUGUCAUACUACCUUUCCUUACAACCAGGCGCUGAGUCCGAGUACUUUGUCUCCUCGAAGGGAGUUACUCCAGCGCAACUCAAGAAGAACUUGAUUGCCUUCGGUACCAGGGAUGUCUUGAGCGACAUUCCAAACGACGGAACUCCAAACAUCUUGGCUUUCAAUGGUGCAGGUCACAAUUUAACCGAAUUUUGGGGUGAAUCCGUUGCUGGACAAGAAUCAGUCUCCAGCCAGAAGGUGAGCCUUGACCACAAGAUGGACCAAUUGCUCCACAAGUUUGAAUCCACCGACAUUGUCAAGGACAUCAAGGACAUCGUCGAUGAAGUGUACCAAGAAUUGACAAACUAG